AUGGCUCUGAAGCGCAUCAACAAGGAGCUCGCUGACCUCGGCCGCGACCCUCCCUCGUCAUGCUCCGCCGGUCCAGUUGGUGAAGAUUUGUUUCACUGGCAAGCGACGAUCAUGGGCCCUGGCGACUCACCUUACUCUGGCGGCGUCUUCUUCCUCGCCAUCCACUUCCCCACCGACUACCCCUUCAAGCCUCCCAAGGUCAACUUCACCACCAGAAUCUACCACCCCAACAUCAACUCCAACGGCAGCAUCUGCCUCGACAUUCUGCGUGAUCAGUGGAGUCCCGCGCUGACCAUCAGCAAAGUACUCCUCUCCAUCUGCUCUAUGCUGACGGACCCCAACCCCGAUGACCCGCUCGUCCCGGAGAUUGCCCACGUGUACAAGACAGACCGUCCGCGAUACGAGGCGACAGCCCGGGAGUGGACUCGCAAGUAUGCCAUCUGA